AUGGACGGCGACAAUGCCUCGAUCAAAAGAGAGGACUCUACUGCAGCCGUUCUAGGAGACAGUCAAGGACAAGCGCAUUCGACCAUAGACGUAGGAGAAGCUCCAGACAAUGCAGCAGUAGAUCUGGAAGCAGAUGCUAGUGAGACCAAUACCUCGCGAGGCUUGAACGCAACUGGUACAAACUCAGAUACAAAUGCUGGAAAGUCCCCUGCUGCGCAAGACGACGAUGCUGACCCUGAAGAUGCCGAAAUGGGAGGCAUCGACGACGAGACGAAGGCUGAAGACGGACUUGAGAAGCCGACAGGGGACGACUCGACACAAACGCCUGCGCCUGUCAAUGGUGUCGAUGGUGCGCCGCAAUCAAAGGCCACACUAGAAGCAGCCGCGCGAUCGCAUCUUAUCAACCAGACUCACCAGAUCAUCUUACCAAGUUAUAGCACCUGGUUCGACAUGCACCAGAUACAUCCUAUCGAGGUCAAAUCAUUACCUGAGUUCUUCAACAAUCGCAAUCGAAGCAAGACUCCAGCUGUCUACAAGGACUACAGAGAUUUCAUGGUCAACACCUACAGACUCAACCCAGUAGAAUACCUUACAGUAACCGCUUGCCGGAGGAAUUUAGCAGGCGAUGUAUGCGCGAUUAUGAGAGUGCAUGCCUUCCUCGAGCAAUGGGGUUUGAUCAACUACCAGGUCGAUCCUCAGACGCGUCCUUCCAAUAUAGGUCCACCUUUCACCGGUCACUUCCGAACUAUUGUAGACACCCCUCGAGGCCUACAACCCUUCCAGCCGGGACCCAACACUUUCACCACGCCUGGCAAACCACAUUCCUCCACAGAUCGGGCGAAAUCUGCAACACCAGCAACCAAGGCAGAUCUCAACAUGGAAGUCCGACGCAACAUCUACGACGACAAAGGCAAGGAGAUCAAGUCUUCAGAAGACGGCACAAAAAAGGCAAAUGGAGAAGCCAAUGGCUCAACGGAAGACGUCUCAAAGGCCGUACAAGAUGUAGCGAAAGCUGAAAAGAAGAUCAUAAACUGCUACUCCUGCGGUAUCGAUUGCACAAAGUCACGUUUCCACUACUCGAAAGGAGAUGCACCGACAGGAAGCCAGAACCCAACAGCCAAUGACGUUAAAUACGACCUAUGUCCAAAUUGCUACUACCAGUCUCGUAUGCCAAGUACACAUCGCUCAUCCGACUUUGUCCGCAUGGAGGAGCCGAGUCACAGCGUGAUACCGGAUAAAGAUGCGUCCUGGUCAGAUACUGAGACACUACUUCUGCUCGAGGGCUUAGAGAACUUCGACACGAAUUGGGAUGAGGUAGCCAGCCGCGUCGGCACAAGGACAAGAGAAGAGUGCGUAAUGAAGUUCUUACAGCUAGAUAUCCAAGAUCAAUACAUGGAAGAUGGUCCAGGUAGUAUCGAGUAUCGAGCUCUUGGUGGCAGGGAACCAAUAAGUCAGCUCGAGAAUCCUGUCAUGAGCGUAGUGAGCUUCCUGGCACAAAUGGCCGACCCAAGUGUGGUCAGUGCCGCCAGUCAACGCUCAGUUGAGCAAAUGACCAAAGAGCUCCGAAGCGAGCUUGAGAAAGGCAUGGGCCGAGACGCCUCCAAAACCACAGACAAUUCCACAAAAGAAACCAGCGAAGCACAAAAAGAGUCAUCAGACACUCUCAAAGCCGAAGACAGCAUGGACGUCGACCCAUCCUCAUCAUCAACAACAACCACACUCACCAAACCACCCACAUCCACCAACUCCCAAUCCCACGUCCUAACCGACCUCUCCACAACCGCCCUAGCAGUCUCCGCCGCCCGCUCCGCCGCCCUCGCCACCCACGAAGAACGCGAAGCCACCCGCCUCGUCUCCGCCGCCAUGAACCUCACCCUCAAAAAAUACGAACUCAAACUCGCCCAAUUCGCUGAAAUGGAGGAGAUUGUCCAGGCUGAGCGGCGCGAUCUGGAAAAGGGACGACAGCAGUUGUUUCUUGAUCAGUUGAGGUUUCGGAAGAGGGUGAGGGAUGUGGAACAGCAGUUGAAGCAGGUUACGUUGCAGAUGCAGCAGGGGCAGGGGGGUGCACAGGAGGGGAUGAGGAUGUUGCAGGAGCAGAUGAGGGAGGGGAUGAUGAGCGCGGGGUUUGGGUUUGCUAGGCAGGGAAGUGGGGGGGAUGUUGGGCCUUUGAGUGGGGAUGGGGGCGAGGUGGUUGGCGCUGAGGUCUAG